CGCACACAGGGAUGUCCAGUGAAAAUGGGCCAGUGACGGCCGUCAUUGACUCGCUGCCAUACUACGAUAAUGACCUCGAGCGGGACCCCAGCCUCAAGGAGCGGGCAGAGAAGCUCAUCCAGAAGGAGUUGGGGAAGGAAGUGCAGAGCUUGCAUCCUCGCGUGCCGCCACCACCGACUCUCUUUGCUAAUAGCCCUCUGCUACAGCAAGAAAUGGCCCGUGUUGAGACACAUCAGCCUAUGCCGCAAAUAGACACGUUCCGCUACCAGUUGCCCGGACCAACAAACACGCCUGCUACUGAGGAGGACUGGGAAGCUGCUCUGAAGAACGCUCAAGCACAAUUGGAACACCAACGGUUGCGGCACAUGAACUUUGCCCUUCUACAGCAGUAUGGCUCGAAUGCGUGGCGGAUACACAACUUCCUGCUGGAACAGACCGCGAAGAACCUGGAGAAGGCCGUGGAAGACCUCAAACAGUUAACAGUUGAGGUAAACCGGGAACGGAAGAACUUUCAGACUGGCGUUGGCACACAACUUAACACCCUGGAGACUCGCUGGACCGAGCUCAUCUCGAGCGUCUUGCAGAUCGAGAUGGCCAAUGUCGCGCUCGAAGGAGAGAUCGACAGGCUCAACAAGCGGGAGGUCGAGCUAUCCAACCUGUAAAACACUGGACGCUUGUCGCGGGCUGUAUUAUCGUUAUUAUACUUUUCACUCUGCGUAUAAUCACCUGGAUCGCGUUUUGCUGAUGAAAUCUUCCGGAGAUUGAUUGCAGUGAAACGGUGUAAGCUACACGAAUUGCAUGACAUAAGGAGAAA